UUUUAUCGCGCUAGCUUGACAGACGACUGGAAAGCGACCAGAUGGGAUUCUGCACUGGCUUCUUAACAGAUUCCUCACAUUUCAAAUUGUAUCGCACACAUUUUUAGCGGACUUUCCUGCCAACAAACAGCCCUGGCGUGACGGCAGACGCCUAUCUGGGAGGCUCGGCUGCGCUGUGAACCGGGACAGGAGCGGCCAAGACAUUUAAAGACACCCCACCAAACAUCUUCCCACUGUCCCAAGGCGAGUGUGUGUCCAUCAUGCCGCUGUUCGGUAAAUCCCACAAGACUCCGGCGGAUAUCGUCAAGACGCUGAAGGAAAACCUGGCCAUCCUGGUCAAACAGGACAAGAAGACAGACAAGGCAUCUGAGGAGGUGUCCAAGUGUCUGGUGUCCAUGAAGGAGAUCCUGUACGGCAGCAAUGACAAGGAGCCUCACACUGAGACGGUGGCCCAGCUGGCCCAGGAGCUGUACAACAGCGGCCUGCUGAUGUCUCUGGUAGAAAACCUGCAGGUCAUAGACUUCGAGGGGAAGAAGGAUGUGUGUCAGAUCUUCAACAACAUCCUGAGGAGGCAGAUUGGGACGAGGAGCCCCACUGUCGAGUAUUUCUGUUCCCAUCAAGAGAUCCUCUUUAUACUGCUGAAAGGGUACGAGACACCCCAGGUAGCGUUGAAUUGCGGGAUCAUGCUGAGGGAGUGCAUCCGCCACGAGCCACUCGCCAAGAUAGUUCUCCAGUCGGAACACUUCCACAGUUUCUUCAACUACGUGGAGAUGUCCACUUUUGACAUUGCCUCGGACGCCUUCGCCACCUUCAAGGAUCUCCUGACAAGACACAAAGUGCUCGUGGCCGAGUUCCUCGAACAGAACUACGAUGCUGUGUUUGCAGACUAUGAGAAGCUGCUGCACUCCGAGAACUACGUCACCAAGAGGCAGUCUCUAAAGCUUCUGGGUGAGCUGUUAUUGGACAGACAUAACUUCACGGUGAUGACACGCUACAUCAGCAAGCCCGAGAAUCUCAAGCUGAUGAUGAAUCUGCUACGAGACAAGAGCCCCAACAUCCAGUUUGAGGCCUUCCAUGUCUUCAAGGUUUUUGUAGCGAACCCCAACAAGACGCAGCCAAUUGUCGACAUCCUGCUCAAGAACCAGACCAAACUAAUCGACUUCUUGAGCAACUUCCAGAAGGAUCGCACAGACGAUGAGCAGUUCAACGACGAGAAGACCUACCUAAUCAAACAGAUCAGGGAUCUGAAGAAACCGGCUUCUUAGAGAAGCACCCCUCCCCGCCCUCGACCCUCAACUUUUUAUCGAUAGGAAGACAUACAGUAGAAAAAAAACACAUUAACAAUAACGGUUAUUCUAUUUCAAAAAAUCUUCUCGACAUUUUCUUUUUUUCUCUCUGUUGGUUCAUUUAAGACUUGUGCAAGAGUAGUUCUCAAUCACUGAUCUUUCUUUUGUAAAUUUUUCUCAUGAAUUUUUUUUUUUUCAUCUGUAGCAUGUAGUGCCACAACUCAUGGUGUUGGAGGCAGCUGAUUUCCUCUGUUGGGAGAACCAGCGGUUAAAAAGCUUCGGCCAAAAUGGUCGGACAUAAACAGACGUGACCAUUUUUGUAUCAGUCGCCAGUUGCGGGUGCUCUGUUAGUUGCUGCACACAAUUUAAUUCCUUAACUGUUUAAAUGAAGUAGCUGCAAAUAUAAAACAAGAGAAGUAUUUCUGUUCUGUUUUUUUUUUUUAAGCUGGGUCAACAUGUCUGUUAGGGAUCAGGCAAAAACACAUUCUCGGUCAUUGCUAAAAGCUUUGUAAGCCAAACGGCAGCGGUAACUCUCAGUUGCCUUCUGCUAGCCAAACGUCUUUUUUGUUGUACUGCCAAAGCCAACGUUCGCUUAGUUUUCUCUCUCUGAAACUGAAAAGCAUCAUCAGACUUCAUUAUUAGCAGAUUUUAGCAUUGCUAGUUUAACAAGGGAAAGGCCUGAGGCGUGGACUCAAGUCACAAAUUAGUUUACUUUAGUCUCAAGAAAAUCAAAAAAAGACUUGAACCUCGACUUGGACUUAAACACCAAUAUCUCGCGACUUCACUUGGACUUGAGCCUUUUGACUUGAAAGCACUUGAUACUUUCCCCCAAGCCCAAAGAUUUAGUUCACGUACAAAAAAUAUGCAGUGGUCAAAAAAAACUAAUUGCAGUAUGCAAAACCUGGGGGUUGAGAAUUACUGACAAUAACAUGCAACUCCCAAUUUAGUUGAACAUUUGAAGUUGCACAAAGAACAGCAAGUCAAAGCUAAUGUCAGCAUAGUUAGCGAGCUAAUGCUUAGUAACGUUAGCUUAAUUGUUGACUUUUUAGCAAACUUGUUUUAAGAGAUAAAUGCAAAUUGUAAAAAGCUUUUGUGAUUUUUGUAAAUUUAAUAUUGCCAUUACUUUUAUUGAAGAGCGCCUUGUGACUUGUUUCAAGGUUAAGGACUUGGGAUGCAUCAGUCUUGACUUUGGAUGCCUUGGAACUGGAACUUGCCUACCUUGACUUGGGACUUUCCCCUCUUGACUUGGGAUUUACCUGUCUUGACAUUAAACUUGACUUAGGACUUGCCCCUCUUGACUUGGGACUUGCCUGUCUUUACAUGGUACUUGCCCGUUUUGACUUGGGACUUGCCUGUUCUGACUUGGGACUCGCCUUCCUUGACUUGGGACUUGACUUGGGACUUGCUUCUCUUUACUUGGGACUUGCCUGUCUUAAUUUGGGACUUGCCUGUCUUGACUUGGGACUUGCCUGUCUUGACUUGGGACUUGCCCGUCUUGAUUUUGGACUUGCUCCUCUUUACUUCGGACUCAGCUGUCUUAAUUUGAGACUUGCUUUAUUUGAGACUUGCCUGUCCUGACUUGGGUUUUGAUUUGGGAUGUGCCCAUCUUAAUUUGGGACUUGCCUUUCUUGACUUGGGACUUGCUGUCUUUAUUUGGGACUUGCCUAUUUUUACUUGGGACUCACCUGUGUUGACUUGGGACUUAGCUGUGUUGACUUGGGACUUGCCUAUCUUGAUUUAGGACUUGCCUAUCUUGACUUGGGACUUAUCUGUCUUGACUUGGGACUUACCUGUGUUGACUUGGGACUUGCCCAUCUUGACUUGGGACUUACCUGUGUUGACUUGGGACUUACCUGUGUUGACUUGGGACUUGCCUAUCUUGACUUGGGACUUGCCAAUCUUGACUUGGGACUUACCUGUCUUGACUUGGGAUUUGCUGACUUUAUUUGGGACUUACCUAUCUUGACUUGGGACUUGCCAAUCUUGACUUGGGACUCACCUGUCUUGACUUGGGACUUGCCAAUCUUUGACUUGGGACUCACCUGUCUUGACUUGGGACUUGCCAAUCUUGACUUGGGAUUUACCUGUCUUGACUUGGGACUUGCUGACUUUAUUUGGGACUUGCCUAUCUUGACUUGGGACUUACCUGUGUUGACUUGGGACUUGCCUAUCUUGACUUGGGACUUACCUGUCAUGACUUGAUACAUAAGAUUUGUAACUUGUGACUUGUAAAACAAUGACUUGGUCCCACCUCUGGGAAAGGCUGAAGCAGUUGUGUGAAAUUGAGAACACACAUAUAAAGGCUGAUUUGUUUAUGAUAAUACCUUUCCAAAAAUCACAGAUUGGCACUUGUCUGUAAGACUAGACUGAGACUAGAGGAGUUCUAGUCA